CACUUACGUUAAAACAAAUCACAUACCCCUAAUUAAAAUGGCCGAAAAUGGUGUCUGUUGUGCUGCUAUGUAUCUUUGCUUAGGUGUUAUAGCAGCGGUUCUUGGAUUAGUCACAGCAUAUCAAGUGAAACCGGAAAGGGUUACAGUGACGUCGGAGACAGUAACUGGCCACUGCUUUUCUCUCAUUGUGGCUAUUGAAGUGGUGCUAGCAAUAGUGGCUCUUGUGGGCGAUCAAAUAGUGGCUCCAGCCAUUUUUGCAGUUAACGGACCAAAUGGUGAUGGGAAUGCUCGACCAAAUGUUGCGAUUGCAGGAGGAGGGUGUUUAUUGGUUCUUGGAUUUAUUUACCUAAAAGGACAAAAAUGCGGGACUUUGGUGCACUUCAAGAUAUUACUCGCAGCAGGAAUCGUUUGCUUUGUUCGAUUUUUCGGUGUCAUGUUAUACUAUGUGAUUGCCAUAUUGAAUCAAGGCUCCUCUAAUGUUUCCACUAGUGCGCCUUCACUGCUCAGAUUGCCUAGCUCAAUAGUUUGGUUUUGAAGGACGUCGAUUUUUAAAUUUGGAAUGAAUCAGAGCCUAUUAGUCAUUCUAAAUCUAUCAAUGUUGGUAUGAUUAGCCCGGUCACAAUGGCUGCCAAAUCAGGGUUUUUCGAUAUAUUCACCGACUUCUAUAUAUAUAUUCACCAAAUUCUAAUGAGAACACUUCUUAUUAUGAGAAGUGAGAACAAUCAUAUCCAAUUAGUGGCG